AUGGCCAUGCUCAUCGGCGCGCCGAGAAUCAUCUCAGAUGGGACGUGGAACACGAGACCGCCUGGCAACAUUUCGGACGCCGAUCUCCAUCAAGACUGCAUUAAACUGCCAGAGUCCCGGACCGACAGCGAAGUCACUGAAGUCUUGUUUCUGCUGGCAAGAUACAAGAUGAGCCUUGCUUUGGGGAGGCUAGUUGAUCUUAGCUUGACGAAUGACCUAGAAUCGCCAGAAGACGUGAACAGCGCCGAAGCUCGUCUCAAGGAACCCUACGAGUUGAUACCCGAAAAGUUCAAGUUCACCUCACUCGUCCAUUGCUUGUCAGAUAAGCCGGUCAGUGUGGCGCACCGGAUCAUCAUUACCUGUCUUUACAAGGAAUCUCGUAUCAUCCUAUUUCAACGCCAACUUCGGAAGGUUGCCAGCAAAAGCUCAGCAGGAAGUGAUUCGCGUGAAGAUCACGAAGAUUGGAGGUCAACGGCCCGAUGCAAAUGCAUAGAAGCAGCCCUUGAGAUUAUCAAGCAUUUGGUCUUCUUAGAUACAGAAUCACAACCGGACGGCACCUUGACCGCAUUAAGAAGCAAAGUAUCUGCUCUACUGGUUCACGAGUGCCUUGUCGCAACCGCAGCCUUGAGCACAUAUCUGUACCGUUGGUCGGAGGCACCACCAAUUGACGAGAGCGGGGGCGCAGUUAGCAAGCCAGAAAUUGAGGCUAUGUUGAGGAGAAGCUACGAAACAUGGUCUAAAUGGAGCAAUUGGUCUGCUGAAGCGCAACGGGCGGUAGAGCUGUUGGAUUUGCUAUUCAAGAAGUUGGGAGGCAACAACUCCGACAUUGGAAUCAACGAAGCAGCACUUCCAAUGGACGAAAUGGAGCUGGGUCUUGACUGGGACGCGGACACAUUAGGAAUAUUCUUCCCUCUGUUAGAUGAACCAUCUAUAUAG